AUGAAUUUAACGAGAGCUACAUUAUUUUUACUUCGAAAAAAACAUAAUAUUGGAGAAUUAUCUUCAUUACAGAGAGGUUAUAAUUUUAAUCGUUACUAUUCUAUGAAUAAUGAAAAGAAUUUGAAUACACAAGAGGGUCGAAAAAGUAAACUUCAACUUACACCUGACGGUAAACUUACUUGGAACGAUUAUUUUGCGUUAAGACGUCGACGGAGGUUAUCUGAACGUAUUAUUACUAUUCCUACUACGAUUGGUGGAUUUGGUUUAAGUAUUGGAUACGUUGCUACACGGGAAUUUGAUCCAACACCAAUAUUAGGACAAGAACCUUUUCUUAUAUAUGGUAUCGGUACUAUUCUUUGUGGUUUUACUGGUCUAUUAGUUGGACCAAUUGUUGGAAGCUCAAUUUGGAAAUUAUUCCAUAGAGAGGAAGUAAAAUUGAUGGAACAGCGUGACCGUGAAUUCUUUGAACAUGUAAAGAAAAAUAGAGCAGAUCCAUCACUACAUACACUCCGAAAUCCAGCUCCAGAUUAUUAUGGUGAGAAAAUCAAAUCAGUACAAGAUUAUCGAAAAUGGCUCAGAAAACAAAGAGAAAUAGUGAGGAAAGGAACAUUUCAUCUUGGAGAAGAGGAUGAUUCAUGA